AUGGAGCACCCCGUCACCGAGUGGAUUGCUAAAAUAAAUCCGCCAGUAGCCUUGGUUGCAGUGGGGAUGGAGCAAGGAAGUGGAAGCGAGUUGAGCACUCGUGGAAAGGCAUCUAAGUGCCCAAGGUCCUCCGUUAGAGUGGACAAAGAUGAGCAACUGUUCGAGCUGGGUCGAGUCCGAGUCGGUAGUGAAAGUCGGGGUUGUGGUGUUCAGCCGUGUGAAAGGACAUUUGUGAUAGGAUCAGCUUAUAAAUAUGGAGCACAAGGGUUCUUUUUUGUGGAUGGACAAAGUGGUAACUAA